AAUAACCAUUACUGGGCCUCUCCGAUCCCUUAGAUUCUUUUAUUACUAGUCGUGCGCUUUGCUCUACACUGAGCCAUGAGCUUACUCAACAAGCUCUGGGACGACACCAUCGCUGGCCCUCCACCGGAUAAAGGACUUGGAAAGCUGCGAAAACAAUCUAAUCUAAGUUUCCGAUCGUUGAACUCAGACAAGGAAUCGGAAACGGCGGGGAAUACAGCAGUGGAGUAUCCUUCGAUGAAAGUAACACGGAGUAUCAUGAUUGUAAAACCUGAGAGAAAUCUGAGCGAUACACCGCCGGCCUCUCCUGCCGGAUCUACACCUCCGGUAUCUCCUUUUGCCGGAAGCGAGGCGUUCAGGUUUCGGAGGAAAUCAGCAUCAGAUGCUUUUGAGAAGGCUCGGGCUCCGUUAUGUUUCACUUCAGGCAGGCGUUUGGUGUAUGUGUCUACGUGGUUGUAUAAUUAA